UCUCCUGUACGUAGCUGCACACACACACUAACUCUGGGAAUGAAUAGUUAGUAGCAAUUUAUGACUUCAUUCUUCUUCAAAUUUGACUGUUGGGGUUUUUUCCCCCCUCCGAUUUUGCGGAUUACAGGCUUUUAAGAAAACCCAGAACCAUAAACCGAGAGUUAUAACGAUGAAUAAUAUGUGAACAAAGUCUGCAUUUUCUAACUGAAGUUGGAACAUCUUUCCUCCUGUGGCGUUGAAGUGAAAGCUGUGGCAUAUAAGCGCACACACAGUGAGAUUUAAGAUUGUGAAACACCCUUCUUAUAAACCUCAUAAUUUGAGGUGAGGCUAAGAUGAGUAUAACCAGUGACGAAGUGAACUUCUUGGUAUAUCGAUAUCUCCAGGAAUCUGGCUUCUCCCAUUCUGCAUUCACCUUUGGUAUUGAAAGCCACAUUAGCCAGUCUAACAUCAAUGGGACUUUAGUGCCACCUGCUGCUCUUAUUUCCAUUCUUCAGAAAGGCUUGCAGUAUGUGGAAGCUGAAAUCAGCAUCAACGAGGACGGCACAGUGUUCGAUGGCAGGCCGAUCGAAUCACUUUCUCUAAUAGACGCGGUGAUGCCCGAUGCUGUACAGACUCGACAGCAGGUGUUCAGAGAGAAGCUAGCCCAGCAGCAGGCUGCAGUGGCAGCAGCGGCAGUGACUUCAGCGGCUGUCCAGCAAAACACACCAAAGAACGGAGAGGCUACUUUAAAUGGAGAGGAGAAUGGGGCACAUGCAAUAAAACAUCCCUGUCCGACUUGGGAAAUGGGAGGAACCCUUCUUCAAACUACAUAUGAUAAUCAUUCAGAGACCAUGGAGAUUGAUGGGGACGUGGACAUUCCAGCAAGCAAGGCUACGGUCCUCAGAGGCCACGAAUCAGAAGUGUUUAUCUGUGCCUGGAACCCAGUCAGUGAUCUUUUGGCAUCGGGAUCUGGUGACUCCACUGCAAGGAUAUGGAACCUGAAUGAAAAUGGAAACAGCGGCUCCACUCAGUUAGUUCUGAGGCAUUGUAUACGAGAAGGAGGACAGGAUGUCCCCAGCAAUAAAGAUGUCACUUCCUUGGACUGGAAUAGUGAUGGAACGCUUUUGGCGACAGGGUCAUAUGAUGGCUUUGCAAGAAUAUGGACUAAGGACGGCAAUCUUGCAAGCACCUUGGGGCAACAUAAAGGUCCUAUUUUUGCUUUAAAGUGGAACAAAAAGGGAAAUUGCAUUCUCAGCGCAGGUGUGGAUAAGACAACAAUCAUCUGGGAUGCACACACAGGCGAGGCAAAGCAGCAGUUUCCAUUCCACUCAGCUCCUGCCCUGGAUGUGGACUGGCAGAAUAACACUACCUUUGCCUCCUGCAGUACUGACAUGUGCAUUCACGUGUGCCGGCUUGGCUGUGACCGCCCAGUCAAAACAUUUCAAGGACACACAAAUGAAGUUAAUGCAAUCAAAUGGGAUCCAUCUGGUAUGCUGCUAGCAUCCUGCUCGGAUGACAUGACACUGAAGGUCUGGAGCAUGAAACAAGAUAAUUGUGUACAUGACCUCCAGGCCCACAAUAAAGAGAUUUAUACAAUUAAAUGGAGUCCAACUGGCCCUGGCACCAGCAACCCCAACUCCAACAUCAUGCUGGCCAGUGCCUCUUUUGACUCUACUGUUCGUCUCUGGGAUGUAGAAAGAGGAGUCUGUAUUCACACUUUAACCAAGCACCAAGAACCUGUAUACAGUGUUGCCUUUAGUCCUGAUGGCAAGUACCUGGCCAGUGGCUCCUUUGACAAAUGUGUUCAUAUAUGGAACACCAUGAGUGGAUCUUUAGUGCAUAGCUACAGAGGGACUGGUGGAAUCUUUGAAGUUUGCUGGAAUAGCAUGGGUGACAAGGUUGGAGCCAGUGCAUCUGAUGGAUCAGUAUGUGUUCUUGACCUUCGAAAAUAGUAUUCUGGCAGUGAGUGUGUUAAAAUGGACCGUCGGUGAAUGUGUGGAAAGAAGCACACUGUUGUAUUGUGACAGCUUCACAACUGUUGGAAAAACAUUGCUGUGAUUCAUAUUAAGAAGUACCAAGCAACUCCCCUGGCCAUUGGAUUGAGCUUGUCGUGAAAAUCGAUGAGUAGAAAUCAAAGGAUGUGGGGGGAUACUGAUCAUACCUGAGAGGACUGGGGACUGUGCUGUGGACUGAAGGUUGUGCCAAAAAGUAACCAUUGAUAAACCAAAAGAAAAAAAGCAAGUGUUUAUCACCUAUACAAGGAUCUGUUUUCUUUCGGAUUUGGGCUACAGUCAAUCUCCCAAAGGAAUUGAAUCAAACAAGACCAUCUAUGCUAUCAGAACCCUCCUUUAUUUAUUUAUUUUUUCCUUAACAGUUUUUUUUUUUUUUUUUUUUUUAUGGAAGCUGGGGUAAUAUGUAGAAUCCUGAUGAGACACUUCUCACUCAUGGGAUUUGAAUGGAUAUCAUAUUUUUAAAGAUUUUUUUGUUUUGUUUUCAAGAGGGGGGGUUUGAAAAGAUGUAAAACUUUUGAUAGAUUGCCUCUGCUUUCUUUUCUUUUAAGUCUUGAUAUCUCUAGAGCACUUAAGUGAACUGUCUUUGAAGUGCUUGACGCACAAGAUCCCCCAGCGUACAGGAAUAUUAAUACAGAAAAUAACCCACUGUAUUUUAUGAGGGGGAGUUAUAACUUUUUUAUGUAUUGAACUUGAAUUUUGGGGCCUAUAUGGGCUAAGCAGGAACAGAUUGCUGUCCUUCAGUGCGUUGCAGGUGCAACUCUUUUUGAGUGGCCCAUCUUUUUAAAGCUGCAGUAUCCUUAAAUGGAUCUAUCACAGGUUUCAGUGUAAUUCCUGUUUUCUACAGACAUGCAGUUGUAACUCUAAUACAUGCAGGCCUUACUGUUUUUCAUUGGACUUCAUGAAGUUAUUUUAAAAGGUGCACAGAUGAAUUUUUGGGUUUGGUUAGUUUACACCUUAAUAUGUGAAUUUCACAUAAGGUAAUGUAUGGGAGGAUACUGUAUAAACUUUUAAUGAAUGUAAUGUUAAUUCAAAGUAACAUAUGACUAAUACACUUAAACAAAGAAAACCUGCCAGUGCUGUUUAUUAAAUGUUUAUGUCCAAAACAUAUUCAAAGAUGACAUUUUAUUGUACAUUUUAGCAAACACAAAUAUAUUUUGGUAGAGACCUGCUUUAUUACAAACAUUGCAAACCAGUGGCCACUUGAGCAUGCAAGCUUACAAAAUUAAAAUAUAUCAAAGUUUAGAUUACAUUUAUUGGGAUAAUAGAUUAUUAAAAAAAAACAAACAAAAAAAAACAAUAAUCCAAUUCCCUAUCUGGAUGUAAAUUUCUUGAAUGUAAAGUUUGUAAAAUAAUAAUAAAAACAAAAAAAAAUUGAAAUCACUCUGCAUAUUUUUUACGUCAGCUUUCAAAGCCAGUCAUGUUAGUAGCUGCAAUAAACAUUGAGUCGAUUCAAAAGCGAGGUAUAGUAAAAUAAUAAAAUAUACAGAUUUUGAAAACUGACAGUUAUAUCCUACAUACUUUGGUUCACAUUAUUAAACAUCUGUUCAGGAUCGGACACAGCUGACCAAUGGAGAAAGAUACAUUUGUGUUCUUUUUUUUUUUUUUUUUUUAUUUUUGUGGUGAAAAAUAUUUACAUCUGGAUAAGCCAAAACAGACCAGAACAAAAUACUCCCUUUAUGUGGUUGUUAGAAAUGAUUUUUUUUUUUUUUUCUAGGUGGUGUACCUUACUUUUUUCCUCCUCUCUAAAGGGAUGGGGGGUAAUUUUCUUUUUUCUUUCAAUGUUCUGUUUAAUAAAGGGAUACUGCAUCUUUAAACACUUGUCCAAUCUCUGCAUUGUUUGCAUUAAGCUAAUUUUAGAUCCACGUGAAGUGCACUUUGUCAGAUGUUAGGAUCUGCUGUGUUUCGUCUUUGUGUGUGUGUCUGUGUGUGUGUGUGUGUGUGUGUGUGUGUGUGUAUAUAUAUAAACAUUACUUAAACAUUCAAUCAUUCGUUCACUCUUUCAUGCAUUUAUUCACUCAAUGAAAUUAUCAUUUUCUGGCUUCUGCUGUUUUGUUAUUGUCUGUGUCAGACUGACAGCCAGAUCCAGUUUAGAACAGAUCCUUUGACCAUUUCUCUACUUCACCUUGUGUAGAGUAGCUCAUUUGUUUCAAGAAAUGAAGUCAUAUUCAGUGUCUAAAAUAAAUUGCUCUAUUUUCAUAUCAGAAAACACUUGUGUCUGUGUUUCUUAUUGUUUGUAAAAUUGCUUUCGGCUAAAUAUUUCUUUGUAUUUAUUUUAAUUCUGGGCUUUUCAGGUCUCAUGUCUAACCCACUGUCUAGAGCAGGCAUAAGUUUUCAAACCCAAGCAAGCGUUAUUUCUUGACUAAUGAAAUUCAAAAUUAACGAAGUAGGUUUAUUUGUGUGUCACGUUGCACCUGUUUCAUAAAUUCACACCAUUUUAAAUUGUGUGGUAGAAAGUGAUUCUAAACACACUGCAUCUACUGGUAAAUUGUUGUAGCAUUUUUUUUUAUUCCUGCAUUUUGGGAGAAAAACUGAUGGCAACAUACUUUGUAAUCACAUGAUUCAGCACAGAAAUCAGCACUGCAUGGCAAAACAGUUUCACCAUUUUUUCAGGAAUUUCUUGGGCACUACAAGAUUAAACAAAGUAAUGCAAACCAUGAGAACGAGUAAAACUAGGAAUAGUGGACUG